UUAGGCAACUCACCGAUCCUGCCAUUCACACCAUGCAGUCCUCUUUGUCCUUUCUGGUUGUCUUCUUGAAACUUCAUGUCACAGGCGCUUUCCAGAUACGUUUAUCUGGAGGUCCUAACCUUUGUGUGGGACGGGUGGAGGUUCUCCAUAAAGAUGAAUGGGGGACGGUCUGUGAUGAUGAUUGGGACCUGCGUGAUGUUGCUGUUGUGUGCCGAGAACUAAAUUGUGGGGAAGCCCUUUCAGCACCUCAUGGAGCCUGGUUUGGUGAAGGAAUUGGUUCUAUCUGGCUCAAUGAAGUACACUGUGCAGGUACUGAGAGGCACCUGCUUUCCUGCCAUCACCGUGGCUUUCACAAACAUAUUUGCACCCAUGAGGAAGAUGCCAGUGCCAUCUGCUCAGAACAGCGUUUCCCUAUUUUUACUGCCAUUCCUGCCCACACACCUCUCAAGAAGGGAAAAAUGGAGGGAGUAACAACCACAAGGCCACUUGUGUCACCUACACCUAUUGAGGAAACCCUAAGACUUGUGGGUGGCAAAAAUCAGUGUUCUGGCCGGUUAGAGAUAUUUCAUGAAGGACAAUGGGGGACAGUAUGUGAUGACAUGUGGGACCUUCUGGAUGUUACUGUCAUAUGCCGAGAGCUGGACUGUGGGGAGGCUCUGGCAGCACCAGGUGGUGCCUUCUUUGGUGAGGGAAACAGUGUCAUCUGGCUGGAUGAUGUGCAGUGCCAAGGAGAAGAGACAAAAUUGGCAGACUGCCACACCAGUUCCUGGGGGACAAACAAUUGCCGACAUAGUGAAGAUGCUGGGGCUGUGUGUUCAGGUGCAAUGUCCCCUGCCAUGAUAGAAGAGCAUACGGCCAUGCUUACAAAGACCUUACCUCCUCAGAGAUCCUGGUCUGUGACACCAAUUCAAAUUCCACACCCUAUUCAGUUUACAAGAAACCAGGAAGAAACUUUGACUAGUCAAAAACACACAGAUGAUAUUCCCAAAGGAGGUCUUUCAGAAAGCGGCCAGCAGCAGCUGCGGCUUGUAGAUGGCCCUGAAUCUUGUGCUGGACGGGUGGAGGUGUUGCACAAAGGCCAGUGGGGCACAGUGUGUGAUGAUGGCUGGGACUUGGUGGAUGCAGCUGUUGUAUGUCGUGAGUUGGACUGUGGAGCUCCACUUCUCAGUCCAGGUAAUGCUCGAUAUGGACCAGGAUCUGGACCUAUCUGGUUAGAUGAUGUCAAUUGCGCUGGGAGAGAGUUUACUAUAAAGCACUGUCAUUCUAAGCCUUGGGGGAAGCAUAACUGCAAUCAUCAUGAAGAUGCUUCUGUCAUCUGCACAGGCAGCUGGAAACGUCUGUUGUUCCAAAAACCAAUUGGUAGCUCAAAGGCAACUGAACUACCAAUCUCUAUCACACCUGAGCCAAUAUCUCCAAACAAUUCAGAGCUGCAAAAUGUGAUGGAUGUAGCAGAGAUUACCACAAACACUAAGGUAUUUCCAGAUGAGUCAAACAUAAAAUCUCAGUGGUAUACUGAGGAUCCUUUUUUAAAAAUACCAAGUCUCAAAAUUGAAUUGGAAAAUGAGACAAAGCCAAUAAAUCCUUCAGGUAUUGUUGAAUCAACACUUAGUCCAAAUAUAUUGCAGCACAUGCAGGACAAAAAUUCACACAACUUACCUAAAACAAAAUUGUCCACAUGCAAAUGGAAAAAAGAAUCAAUUUUUUCCACAGAAAAAUUUCAGCCAUCCUCCAUCACACCAUAUACAGAAUCUAAAAGGGAAAUAAAGUCAACCACUCCUGCAUUCGUAGAUAAAAUAAUAUAUAAUUCAGAGAACUCACAGAAUGUUCAGGAGAUGGAAUCAGCUACUUCUUCAAAGAUCAUGUCAUUAUUUCAAAAAAGGAAGAAAAUGCCCAUUUCACAAUCCAUAGAAUUCAAAUCAUUAUCCACAUGGGAUAUUGAAUCAAACAGAGAAAGGCCAUCAGGAGCAGGACCACUACCAUUUUCACAAUCCUUUAACUCUGUUCCGGAGAGAGUGCCUUCCAUCUAUUGGGAUAGCAAUGUUGAAGUGUCCCUAGCCUCAAAGAACAUAGAAUUCAAUGAUGUCUUCAAUAAAAAUCAGGAUAUCACCACUGCCACAUGGAUUCGGGCACCUGAGAAAGUCAUAAGCACAUCUGAUAUGAGAAAUGAAUUGUUUGAAUUCUCAAAAAGCUUGAAAGUCGCAAAAGAGGUGGAACUGCCUAUAACCACAAAGAAUUUGCAACCUGAGAAGCACAUUGAAACAACCACCGCGAAAGUUAUAGUUUCUGAAGAGAAAUCAAAUCAAGAAAAACAGGAGGAAUCAAAUACAGAUCCCCAUCCUGUGGAACUCUCGGGCCUGACCAAAGCAUCAGAUCCAAAUGUCUCAUCUGCCAAAGCUGUCACCUAUUCUGAACACUGUGAAUCAUCCCCAGACUGUCUUAUAAAGCAAGAACAAAGUAAAACAGAUCAAAUAUGUUGCUGUUCACCACAAGCCCUGAGGAACUUGGUCCAUACAAUGAAAAGUCUCCAUGGGGAACUAGAUUCUGUCUCUGUUGCCAUUAAGAAUCAAGGUUCCCAACUGGAAGCUGUAGCUCACAAUCUGGCUGAGUUGUCGGCUUCUAUACGUCUUCUGGUUGGAAUAUUGCCCUCUCUGGUACAGCCUGUCUCCUCCCAGUCCUUCUUAUCUCCAUCUGGGCAAGAUGAAAGUCAGCUGCAAAAUCAGCUACCCCUGAAGUGAAAAAUGUAUGAAUUUUUGUAAUACAAAAUAUUUAUCUUCAUGCCACCAAAAUACAGAGACAAAAAGUCUACCUAGUGAAACUGCCAUAAGAUGGCUAAAAUCAACAUGUGCAAAUUUUAUGUACUAAGUACUAAGCAUGUCACAAUCAGAAAUUGUUGCAAUUCCAAUUCGUAUGUCAGAAACACAAAAUCAAAUGCACUGAUUAUUAGAGUGCACUAAGAGAAGUUGUCAGAUGAAUUUUUAACCCAUUUAUUAUAUUAUUCACUGAUUAAAAUUAAGUUUUAAAUGGCAGAGUCAUAGAUAA